AUGUCCCGUAGCCGUGAAUACUUAAGCCACCAGACCCGUGAAUGCUUAAGCCACCCAGACCCGUGAAUGCACAACUAGAAACCAAAGGAAUGAAUGCCAAAUCCAUGGGCCAUAUUAGCCACAAUGCCAUGUCACAACUCCCAAACAGCCUUACCAACCACGACACUAGACUGCCAACCACGGCACUAGACUGCCAACCACAACACUAGACCGUCUUGGCCGGGGCCCCCAGCUCCCUCGCCAUCUCGCCCUUCUCCGCCAUCUCGUCCAGCACGCGCUCGGCAAUCUUCAUAGCGUCCACGCCAGCCGG